UGUCAUUUUUUAAAUAGACACCACACGACACGCAACAGUGACACGCUUUUUACAAUGUUGACGGAGUAAAUAAAUUCUGUUACAGCCGUAUCCUUGUUAAAAUGACCGAAGAUCAAGAUGCAAAAGAAUCGCAUUCAGAUUUGGGUAACAAAAUACUUGCGAACAAGUCCAAGGAUAAGAAAACUCGAGCUCAGCGACCCUUGACCAAAAUUAUUAUGCGUCGUUUGCCGCCCACCAUGACUGAAGAAUCCUUCUUGGAACAAGUUUCUCCAAUACCAGACCAUGACCACUUCUAUUUCGCUAAACCAGACCCUUCGCUCGCAAACAACUUAUUUUCAAGAGCUUACAUUAACUUUGUUAACGAGGAAGAUAUUUACCUAUUCAAAGAUAAGUUUGAUGGUUAUGUGUUCCUAGAUGAAAAAGGUGUUGAAUACAUAGGCAUAGUUGAAUAUGCUCCUUUUCAAAGAAUCCCCAAAAAGAAGAAGAAGAAAGAUCCCAAAUGUGGUACCAUAGAGAGUGACCCCAUUUACCAGGAGUUUCUGGAGAGUCUUGAGAAAGAUCCGGAAACUGAGAACCAGCCCAAACUGGAGUACUCUUACCCUAUUGGUGAUGGAAGUGAUAAAAAAGUGCAGUCAACUCCACUGCUGGAAUACUUGGCGGCGCGGAAACAAGACAAGAGGGGCCGGGACGAGCGCCGGCGGAGGGAGAAUGACAAGAGGAAGAUGAGGAUUGAGAGGAAAACCAAGGAACCGUCUAUCAAGAUCAAUGAAGACGUCUCUGAAGAUGAGAUUCAUAAUGAUGUUCAUGAACAUGUUGGGCCCCGAUUCUGGGCUGGCGAAGAAAGAGUUUACCACAAAUCUAAAAUGAAACACAAUAAACAUAGUGAUUCACUGAACAUCUGUAAAUCUGAAACAAAUGCAGUUAAUUCCAACUGGGACAAUAACUUCCCAGCUCUGUCUGCCAAGACUCAUAGUGCAUUUACACUAUCUUCCGAUAAACAGCUUGUCAAAAAAGAGGCCCCAGAAACAAGUCAGAAAAGUGCUGGCGAUACUUGUCUGAAGGAAGACGAAGCUGGAGAAAAUGAAGUCAAGAAAAUAAAACCCAGAGAUUGGGAAAAAGAUAAGGCUGCAACUAAAGAGGAUGUGAAAGAGAAAGACGGUGUCACCGUCUUUGAGUCAAAGACUUACAGAGACAGAGACAGGAAGGGAAUGAACUCAGUUGACAAGAAGAAAGGCGGUGACAAGAAAGAUGAUGAGCCUACUGACGACGGAGACCGCGCUAAAAGAGAUAGAAAGGACAGAGUAAAAGAGUCUCCAAGGGAGCAGAAGAGCAAAAAGUACAGUGACACCAGAAAGGAGAGAAUCCGAUCCAACGAGAUCACCAAAACUGACAAACCAGUUGCAAAGCCGGAGAGUAAAGUGAAAGCUCUGAACCACGACGACAUAAAGCCGUUCACUCAGCUUCCACACGUGAGGACAGACGACUUGACGAAGCUCAUUGAAGAGAUGGACCGGAAGGUGAAACUAGAGGAGAAAGGCAAGGGUGUGUCGGAAGACAGCGUGGUGAGGAGGAACAGUAUAGACUACGGGGAGGACUCGCUGAGGGAGCAGCCGGAGCUGAAGCGGCAGAAGUCUCUAGACGAGCGCGGGCGCAGCUCCGAGCGCGAGGGGGAGGAGCGGGACCGCGACGCCGAGCGGCGCGCCGAGAGACGCAUCCGGAACAAGGACCGGCCGAGCAUGGUGAUCUACCAGCCGGGCAUGGGCCGCUUCAGCAAGCAGCGCCUGGCCAAGGACAAGGACCCCGCCAAACCAGUCAGCGAUAGUGAAAAGAAAGACACCUGAAUAAUUGUCGUAAACACCGAUUUUUGGGACAACACUCAACGGAUAACCCUGAGGCUGGCAUUCGAAAAAUCGUCAUUUCCGACAAAGUAGAAAAGACCGAUAUUUGAAAAGUCAACCGAUGGACACUUGCUCGCGUUACGACAAGGCUGUUGUUUUUCACAAUACUUUAGAUUUACACUCAGCGAUAUCACUGGAACUAUUUUCUCGCCGCGAAAUCUGCUUAUAGAUUCUUCAUGUUUCAAAUUGUGACAAAUUAAUUCUGAAAUGUUUCCAAUCCAUUUUAAAUAUAUCGUUUUACAGUGGGUA